UAUAAAAUGAACAACAAUUUUUUGCCCAAUUUUCUUAUACUAAACUAAUAGGCAACACUGUCUACCUAUCACCAGCACCACAAGCACCAUCAUGUACAUGUACACUGGCGUGACAACUAGUCGAACUCACCGAUGACCGAGCCCCAUCCGUGAACAUUAUACACACAGCGCUGGGGAGUUACCCGCCUACUAGUACUACCGUAUCCCAAUGCAGCCAGGCAGCACCACAUCACGUGAGGUUACACUUUGUUGCUGUCUGUAUUUGUUUCGUCAUGCUGCUCUCACAUUUCUAUUUUGGCUCUCACGCGCUAUUCGCUACACGCUGUCAUACAGUACAGUACCUACGUGACGUGCGACUUUGCAGAUAGAUGAUUCAGUUGUUCCGUUCCGUAAAGCGAAUAAAAGUGUUAUUUAUUUCACGCACAAACCGAACCAACGAAGAUGGAAGAUCUAGUGAUUGAACAUGUGCGAAAACGAAGCUACCUGUACGAUCACAAUUCACCGCUGUACCGAGAUAAGCCAAUGCGGAUUGCUGCCUGGGAAGAGAUCGGUAGAGAGAUUAAUAUGCGUGGGAGAGCCGUACAGAACGUGUGGGAAAAGUUGCGCCGUUGUCUCUCGAAUGCUUUAAACCGCCGGAAAAGAAUGUUGGAAAGUGGUGCAAAACCAUUGCCGCCAUGGAAAUACGAACAAGAUAUGGCGUUUUUGCUACCUCACAUUUACUGGAAAAAGAGUCGCCGUGAUCCCGACGAUGAUGAAAUGCACGAUUACGACGAUAGUACAUUCGACGAUUAUCAGGAUACGAAAAUGCGUGACUGUGACCCUCUGGUGGAUGAACCAUUCGUAAAAAAUGAAAUGUCCGCCAGUCAGACGGAGUUGGAUGUGCCGGAACAAAGCAGUAGCAAUAAUAAAGUGAGACAGGAACAACUACCUGAACCACCUCAGCUACCACCCCAACUACCACCUCAGCAACCAGCAGCUAUAAAGAGAAAAAGAAGCCCGGAGCGAAAAUUGUUCAAACCUCCAGAAAGACAACGUCCAUCGAGCCUAACUUAUUGCGAUCUGGAUGAGAGUGAUAUGUUUUUCUUGAGUAUGGCGAAAACAACUAAGACGCUCGGGCCCGUCGAACAAGCAAAGGUGAAACUGAUGAUAAGCCAGGCGGUGUUCCAGGCUCAGAUUGCCCAAGCCGAACAGUCGGCACGGACUGUCACUACCAAGCGUCCGGAUUCGGCUGCAUCGACGGCUUCGGAUUACUUGUAAAUAUUUAAUAUGAUUUCAAUUUUCGAACAAUUCUGUACAGUUGAAUAAAGUUAACUAGAAUCCCA